AUGGACGACGGGGAGGCCGGGACUGCGCAGCCAGACCAUGCCGGCGUCGCAGCCGACGUCGCCAGACUGGCCGGCGCGGGGCCGGUGGGCAGCCGCGCUUUCCUGCACGCCCUGCGCGCCCUGCGCCGCCGGCUGUCCGCGCCGGGCGACCUGCCGCUGGGCGAGACGGUUGCGGCCGGUGCGGUGCCGCUGCUGGUGCGCGCGCUGCAGCCGCCGCAGGGGGGCCCCAUCGCCACGCAGACGCUGGCGUGGGCCAUGGGCAACCUUGCAGCCGACGGCAGGGAGCUGCGCCGGCGAUUGGUGGCGGCGGGGGUCGUGCCGCUGCUGGCGAGGCGGGUCGUGGAAAGCGCCGCGAUGUUUUGUGGAGAAGAGGCCGGCGACGGCGUAGGAGGUGGGCAAGAACCAGCUGGCGGCAACGGACAGGAAUGCACGGCGGCGGCCGUCGCGGCCUGGGCCCUGGGCCGCACCCUGCAGGACGCUGAGUCAGCGCCAGUCCAGGCGCUCCUGUGCCCGGGACCUACCAGCCUGGGGCUCGCACUGGUGCGGCUGGUCAGGCUGGCGCCGCCGGCGCUGGCCACGGAGGCCGCCUGGCUGCUGGCCUGCUGCGCCUCUGCGCCCGACCCCGGGCCGGGGUGGGCAGCCAUGCUGGACGAGGGCCUGCUGGAGGCCGCCUGCGCACGGCUGCGGUGCGCCGUGGCGGGCGGGGUGGCGACCCGGCGGGGGCCCGCGGGAGCCCUGGCGCAGGCCCUGCUGCGCACGCUGGGGCACAUGGUCGCUGCCGGCGACGCAGCGCGCCUCCGGCCCCUCCUGAUGGAGGAGGGACGGGGCACGCUGCACGCGCUCUGCUCCUGUGUGGAGAGUGUAGACCAGGGGCUGCGCGGCGAGGCGGCCUGGACCCUGGGCAACCUGGCUGGCCUGCCGGGGCGCGAGGGUGCUGAGGCCGUGGCGCAGGCGGGCGCCGUCCAGGCGCUGCUGCGUGCCAUGGGGAGGGGCGGUGCACUCGCCGUCCGGCACGCCAUCCUGCAUGCCUUGGCCAACGUGUGCGCGGGCGGGGGGGACGGGCGCGGCGACGCUGCUGCGAUCCAGUGGGUGCUGACGCACGCGGGCGCCAAGGAGGCGCUGGUGGAGAUCGCGGCGAUGGCCGCCUGUGCAGAUGCACAGUCGGCGGCGCUGGCUCUCCAGGUGCGAUGCCAGGCUUGA